UUCAUGCUACCAGCGCAUCCGUCUCACUCCACGCUGCAGACUAACAGUGCAAAUUAGUGAUAUGAGUGGUGCUAUAACUCUUGACCUGAGUGGUGAUGAUGCUGAACAACUCCUCCCAUUCUGCAUAAGUGACAUCCAAAAGCAAGAGCAGCAGGGAAAUGUCCAGUACGCCACUAUAGCAGAUUUCAUCAAGCAGAAAAACUUAGUUUGCUUGGUCAAGAAAUCAAAUACAAUCCACAGUUCCAGGAGCUCAGAAAAGUACAAUGCCAUAGUUGCCCAUAUCAACAAUGCUACUGCAGAAGAAAACUAUGUCAUCAGCAAAUAUAUCACCAACUACAAAGCUACAGCAUCCACUUGGGCAGCAGCACAAGAAGAACAUUCCAAAAAGAAUGUUACCGACAUGGCUGAAAAUAUGGCAAUAGAAAAAGUUGACAGCAUAAUGGAAGGAGAAACACAAAGCAAAGGAGUGGAUCAACUCAGUCCUUCUAACACAGAAGAUAAGAAGAAAAAGGCAGCAGUUGCAGCAGCCCCAAUGAAACUCAGAGUCAACCCCACUAAGAAACACCGCACCUAA